GUUAUCUUAUUUUCUCUUCCAUUUUCUUUCCUCCCUCACAUGGGUACCCAAACAUAGCGUUAACAUUUUCUGAUUGUAUCCAUCAUCCAUGGAUACUUCAAGCUUUCCUUCUCUGUGAUUCACCCUGAAAAUUUUCAGAGAUGGCAAUCUCGGUUUGGACCAGUUUUCACAUAAACAACUACUUUCCUUCUGCUCCUCCAUCUCCAGGUACACAAUGUAAAUUCUCUGUUCAAUCAGUGAGAGCAUUGCCCACAAGGAUAAUUACAGUUGGAAAGAAGAGAUCACAUGGGGUACAAUUAUUAGUAGAUGAAUAUAUCAGCAAGCUCAGACACUAUUGCUCUGUCGAAGAUAUUCAAAUUCGCUCCAAUCCUAAAAAUGCUCGUGACAUGAGGGUUCAGGUUGAUGAUGAAGACAUGGCAACCAUGAACCUUAUAAGGUCUGAUGAUUGGGUUGUGAUGUUGGAUGAGCGUGGACUAGAUAUUGGGUCUGAGCAGAUGGCUGAGGUGGUUGCAGAUGCAGGAACUACUGGAGCUUCAAGGUUAUCAUUUUGUAUCGGUGGACCUUAUGGUCAUGGACAGCGAAUGAGAAAACGUGCUAAUAUAUCAAUAAGAUUAUCCUCCAUGGUUUUGAAUCAUCAGAUUGCAUUGGUUGUGCUUGUUGAGCAGCUUUAUAGGUCAUGGACUAUUCUGAAAGGAAAAAAUUAUCAUCAUUAGUUACUGGGCACUUUGCUUUUGAAUCAUGCCAGAAGGGUGACAGGAAUUAAUGCUAUUUUGGAGAGAGAGAAAGAGAGGGUGCGAGCAGAAACUAGUUAGCUGGUUCUCAAGCUCUUGCCAUGGGCAGUAUUUUGUUGUUUUCUUCUCUGUAAUACCCAUUCUACUUUAUUUAUGGAAAAGCCCGUGGCCUUGUUUGGUUGGGUUUGUUACUAAACCAACUUUCCGAUCAAGGGAAGCAGCUUAUCAAGUUCUUAUCUAAGUAGAACUUGAUAAGUUGCACUCCCCAGUUAAAUGUAAUGAGCUUACUAAUUUUUGCUUUAAUUUGUUACAUUUUAAAUUAA